AUGAGCUCCGCAGAAUGCUAUGGUGGUCCGCCGGCGUACUAUCCCGAUUGGAAUCCGGCUGUCGCUUAUGGUUACCCGACGAGGGAUCUACUCCACCAUCCUCAAACAUAUUCACCAGUGAAUCUCGCCGCCGUCGCGCCAACCCCGUCGACAACAUCGGAAGUUUGGUCGGCGCAUUCAUCGCACCAAUACGCGAGCGCCUCGCCACCCACAAGCACCACAACAACAACAUCAUCGACACCGACGAGUCUACCCGACGGCACAUCGUAUUCGGCACACAACACCUACAAAUGGAUGCACACGAAACGCGCGCCGAGACCGCAAGUUGUCAAGAAGAAGGUUGUCGAUGAGAACGGCACGAAUCGCACGAAUUUCACGACGCAUCAGCUCACGGAGCUCGAGAAGGAGUUUCACACGGCGAAGUACGUUAAUCGGACGAGGCGCACCGAAAUCGCAGCGAAUUUGAAAUUGCAAGAAGCUCAGGUGAAAAUCUGGUUUCAAAAUCGACGCAUGAAGGAGAAAAAACGCGAAAAGGAGCGCGCAUUUUUGGCGCGAAACUCUUGGGAUUCAAAUUCGCCACCUUCGUCUGCAUAA